AAGUAAAAUUUAUUUUCUUUUAUCUCUAGGUGUUCUCAUCUUUUCUAUGAGUUUGACCCAUCUGUAAUGAUUAUCGGCAGCUAGUAGUUUAAUCAUUAAGUAGUAGAGAAGAAAUAUUAAUUAGGAGAAAAUGUCAAAUCUAAAAAUGAAAGAGGCAGCCCUUAUCUAUCUUGACAGAAGUGGAGGUCUCCAAAAGUUUAUAGAUGAUUGCAAGUACUACAAUGAUUCAAAACAAAGUUAUGCUGUCUAUCGAUUCAAUAUUUUAAUAAAUCCUUCUGAUGUUGUUGAAUUAUAUGCUGAACUUGGAAAUCAUAUUUUACACCAUCCUUUAAAAGCUGCUCAAGUUUUUCAAUCAGUCUGUUUUAUUGCUGUUAAGACUCUCUCAUUAAUUGGACAAUUACAGACUGAAACUCAAAUUAACAUAGUGCUGAAAUUAACACACUUACCUUCUCUGCCAAGUUAUUGUCUUGAUCUUUGUGAGUUUCCACUUGAUUAUACAUCUCAGAGAUUUUAUAUAAUGCAAGGAAUUGUGAUUGCAAUAACAACUGUAACCAAGUAUACUCAAGGUGCAAGAUUCCUUUGUUCAGAUGAAGCAUGUCCUUUUUCAAAAGGAUUUCAAUAUGUAAGAGUACAUGUGCCUGGAGCUACAGAAUCUGCAACAAUAAGAAAUGACUUUUUGUGCAAUUUGUGUUCAUCUUCACUCCAAGAAGACAGAAAAUUUAGAGUACUUGGUGAUAAACAGAUAGUUGAAAUAAUUGCCACAGAAGCACUUCAUGCUUUUCAAGGAUAUUCUAAAAACCAGCCAUUUAGGUUUCAAUCUCUUACAAUUUUUCUAAGAGAUGAAUUAGUGAAUAAAAUGAACAUAGGAAAUGAAUAUAAAAUUAUUGGAAUUCCAACCUGUGUCAAAACCUCACAAACUGCUGUCUGUAUAGAGGCAAAUAGCAUCACUCUUUGCAAUCUAAAAGUUCCUUCAGGAAUUAGUGACAACUUCAGAUGCCUCCUCUCCUUGACUUCUAGCUCAUGCUGGAAGUUUACAGCAAUACUUGCCAAUAUCUUUGCAUCACACAUUGUUCCUCCUGGGACUUACAAUUUACUCAAACUCUGUUUGUUGUUGAGUCUAGUACAGACAAGUGACCGUAAUAAGGAAUCAGAAGAUUGCCUGGAUAUUUUAAUUAUAACAAGUGAUACUCUACUUAUAGACAGGCUUUUGAAUUUUAGCAUAAACCUUUUUCCCCAUGGUAUACGCCAUCCAGUCUCUACUGAAAUUUUUCCUACUCUAUCCAGAAAUAAAUAUGGAACUGGAGCAGUUAGCAUUCAAGCUGGCAGUGCUUUGUUAGCUAAAGAUGGUAUCUGCUUUAUAGGAGACUUAUCUUCACACAAAAAAGAUAAACUUGAACAACUUCAAUCAGUUCUGGAGAGCAGAAGCAUUACAGUAUACAUCCCAGGAAAGAAGUUUGGGGAUGAUAUUGAUCAACAAAUGACUUUUCCAGUUCAGUGCAGUUUUUGGUCUUUUGUUGAUAUGGAUUCAUCUUCAAGGAGAAAUACACAGAAAAACAACACUCUAAUUGGUCAGAUGGAUUGCAGCUUGAUUCCAGCUAACCUUGUAGAGACAUUCGGAUUACUGAUUAACUGCAAUGAAUCAUCUCCUUGCCACCCACAUUUUCCUACUGUGCAACAUACUUUAAAGAAAGCUAUUGAUCCUGAAGGGCUAUUUUAUUUUGCUUCUAAACAGUUCACAACUGAAGAUUUUGAAAAGCUACUGGCUUUUGCAAAGAAUUUGGAUGUAGAAUUCAGCUUGGAGGCAGAAAGAAUGAUUCAUGGCUAUUAUCUAGCCAGUCGCAGAAUCAGAACAGAUUUUAUAUAUGGAUCAAAACUGUCAGCAUCUGCAUUAAAAUAUUUAGUUUCCUUAUCUGAAGCCCAUGCACGACUGAAUUUAAGGAAUAAAGUGCUCAAAGAAGAUGUACUAAUUGCAGCUUUAUUAUUUGAAACAUCUCUCACAUUGAAAUAUGGGGCCACUGUAUUUUGUGUUGCUCCAAAUGCAGUAUUUCCCUUUGAACUGUACAAUGAAGAGUACUUACAACAAAGGGAUCUCUAUCUGACUCAGUGCCAGAAACAGCUCCAACAGUUUAUUGCCACAUUCGGACCUGGAACAGCUGUUUUCACUAACGAUGAAUAAGCAAUUUGAGAAAAAUUUCCUUUUGAUUUCAACUUCAGCAAUGGGAAAGUGUAUUCGAGUAACUUUAAAGCAAUGCUUCAGAUAGUACUGUAUACAGGAGUACAUCAGAAUGCCUUUUAAAAAACAAAUCAUGGUCCCCACAAAAAUCAACUGCUACUGGGAUAUACACUAAUCCAAACUUCUAAAACAAAUUACCAUAAUUUCAAAUUUUAGGAGAGAAAUAUGGAUGAUUAAGAUGAUGAAGUCACCAAAGAGAAUCCUAAGUUUCUGGUUAGCCCAGAGUAUGUGAUAAAAAAAAUAAGGACCUUACAAUGUGAAAAAUGGUUAACAUGGAAUUCACUCUAUUUGUCAUAAGAUGGCAAUAACCUUAUUUACAAAAUUUUUUAAAAAUAUUUUUUUAGUUGUAGUUGGACACAAUACCUUUAUUUAUUUUUAUGCGGUGCUGAGGAUGGAACCCAGGGCCUCGCACGUGUUGGGUGAGAGCUCUACCACUGAACCACAACCCCCAGCCCCCUACAAAUUUUUAAAAAAAUAUUAUUUGCUUGUAAUUUUUAUUUAAAUAUUUUUUAGUUGUAGAUGCAUACAAUAUCUUUAUUUAUUUUUAUGUGGUGCUGAGGAUCGAACCCAGUGCCCCACAUGUACUGGGCAAGCGCUCUACCACUGAGCCACAAUCCCAGCGCCCCCUACAAAUUUUUAAGCCAUUUUUUUCCCCUUAUACUUGUGAACCUGCCGAAUUGAUUAACUAAUUUGUAUAACCUGAAGCUUCAAAUUUAAGGCCUUUUUAGGGCUGGGGUUGUAGCUCAGUGGUAGGGCACUUGCCUAGCAUGCAUAAGGCACACAUAAAGGUCCAUCAACAACUAAGGCCUUUUCAGCUUAUACACAUAUGCAUUACAUGAACAUUGUUUUAGAAGCCCUAAAUUUGGAGUCAAAAAAGCCUUGGAAAUUUCUAUAUAUAAACUGUGGUAAAAAAAAAAAAAAAAAUGUAACCAGAGAACAAGUUUGCCCCUAACUUUAAGGUUCCCUAAUGCAAUGAAACCAAUAUGCAAACCCAUUCUUCAUUUUUAUGUAUUGUUGAAGUGAGGGCAUGUCUUACUCCAUCUAGGCUGACCUCAAAUACCAGAAGACAUAAUCCUCCUGUUUACCAGCAACCUGGCAUUGAGAGUUACAUUCUUUGACCAUUUUGGUUUUUGUGACAAGGUUUCCUUGUCACCCAGGCUGGUCCUCAACUUCAGUAACUGCUAGUCAUUUUGUUCUGAAUAAGUAGGGACAAUAAAAUCCUCCAAUCCUUUUCAGUUCUAAUUACUUCUACUUGCUGGGUGCACACCUGUAAUCCAAGCAGCUCAGGAGGUUGAGGCAGGAGGAUUGAAAGUUCUAAGCCAGCUUUAGCAAAAGUGAGGUGCUAAGGAAUCGUCAGACUCUUGUCUCUAAAUACAAAAUAGGGCUGGGGAUGUGGCUCUAUGGCCAAGUGCCCCGGGGUUCAAUCCCCAAUACCCACCCCCCAAGAAAAAUUAUGAAUGAAGAAUGUAUCACACCAAGAGCCACCUUAUUAACCAAGAUCUAAUUCUUCAAAACUGACAAUCCAGGGCUGGGGUUGUGGCUCAUUGGCAGAGCGUUUGCCUAGCACAGGUGAGACACUGGUUCGAACCUAAGCACUGCAUUAAAAUAAAUAAAUAGAUAGAUAAAUAAAUAAGGGCAUGCUGUCCAUCUACAACUACAACAAAUUGAAAAAAAAAAAAAAAAAAAAACUAAAUCCAAAAUCUCACAAUCCAAAGCUUACUUAACCAUAUAGCUGGAGGGCUCCCUAACACACUAUAGGAAGGCCAUUCACUAUGAUUGAAUACCAACCAGUGCCAGCAAUAUAUAAUGUUUUCAGCAGGCUAAGCUAGUUUUCAACAAAAUAUAUAAUACUGUUGCUAACUAAGAGCCUUGUUUUGUGCCUUUUCAUGUACUAUAUUUCACUUUUCUGGCUCUGUGGGGUGAGGCAAAGCCAUACUGUUACCUUAGAUCAAUACAACAGUCUCAGCUUAUAGGGAAAAAAAGCAAUUUUUAACUUAAAGACAACUUAAUUGCUAUUUAGUACUAAAGGAGUUUAGAAGAUUCCAACCAUCUUUCAGGCACCAUAGCCAUUACUAUCUUCCCAGCUGCCUACAGUGACAGUCACUAUCCACAGAUGAGCUACUUAACGAGAACUAUAUCAAAAGUAUGUUAAAAAACAGAACUGAUGAAUGACUAGGAGAAAAAAACUAUUUAAAAAGAAAACAAUAUUGCCAAGAACAAUUAAAAAUUGUCACACAUGUAUUUUACCACAUAAUUUAUUGUUUAUUAAUAUCAAAUAAAAAUUUCAUAGUUUGUUUCUAUUUGUUUUCUUCAUAAAUUCUUUUUUUUUUUCCUUUCACAAUGUUGCAUGCCACACCUCUGGAAAAUAAGAAAGCAACAGUGAAAAUCACUUUUACCCAAAUUCAGAAACUCAAGCUCAAUAUCCUCAAAAAAAAAAAAAUAAUAAUAA